AUGUCUAGGAAUACGAUUCUUCUAACUUGUUCCAUCGUUCUUAAUCUGCUACUAUUUCAUAGCUGGUACUUCCAUGGCCAAUGGGAGCAAAGUUGGACCAAGAGUGCCACUGCAGAAGCUGAAUUUGUGGCAUCCAUCUCAUGUUCAGGACAUGGAAGAGCUUUCUUGGAUGGAUCAAUCCUUGAUGGAAAACCUGUUUGUGAGUGCAACGCAUGUUAUGGAGGCCCUCACUGCUCUGUGUUUUUACCUGAAUGUAUCGCUGACGCCGAUAGCGGAGAUCCUAUGUUCUUGGAGCCCUUUUGGUUGAAGCAUGCAGCAAGUAGCACCAUUGUAGUUCCAGGAUGGCAUCGGAUGAGCUAUGAAUUCAAUGAUGAUUCCCUCAUCUCAAAGGAACUCGACGCUCAAAUUCGGAAACUUCAUGCAGUUAUCGGAAAUGCGGUGACUGAUGGAAGAUUCAUCAUAUUUGGUGUUGGUGCUACCCAACUUCUUCAUGCAGCAGUGCAUGCCCUCUCCACUACUAAUCAUCCAUCUUCCCCUUCAAGAGUCGUUGCCUCAACACCAUACUAUCCAAUUUACAAGGAACAAACUGAGUUUUUCAAUUCUGAGGAUUACAAGUUCGAAGGAGAUACUUCAUUGUGUAACAAUAAUAGUGGCUGUAAAGGGAAUUUCAUCGAACUUGUGACUUCACCGAACAAUCCAGAUGGCCAAUUAAAGAAGGCAGUACUUCAAGGCCCAUCGGCAAAGACAAUCCAUGAUUUUGCUUACUAUUGGCCACAUUAUACACCAAUCCCAGCUCUAGCAGAUGAAAAUUUAAUGAUAUUCACUCUCUCAAAGCUUACUGGACAUGGCGGAAGCAGAUUUGGAUGGGCGAUAAUAAAAGAUGAGGCUGUACAUCAAAGGAUGCUAACAUAUAUGAAUCUAAGUACCUAUGGGGUUGCUCGAGAGACUCAGCUACGAGUUCUGAAGCUGCUAAAAGUUGCCGUUGAAAAUGAAGGAAAGGAAAUGUUUAACUUCGGAUACCAAACAAUGAGGAACCGCUGGAGAAAGUUGAGCAAAACUAUGUCAUUGUCUAAGCGGUUUUCAAUCCAGGAACUUGAGACUCAAUUCUGCUCUUUCUCCGAAAAAGUCAGAGGAGCUACUCCAGCUUAUGCAUGGCUUAAGUGUGUAAGAGAAGAAGAUAAAGAUUGCAACGCGGUGCUCCACUCGGUCAAUAUAACUGGACGUCAUGGUAGCUUGUUCGGUGCUGAAAGCAGAUUUGUACGGCUUAGCUUGGUGAAAAGCGAUGAUGACUUUGAUUUGCUGCUAAAAAGGAUGGGAACAUUGGUUUCUCAAGAAAAUAAUAAUGAUGGAAUCAACAAAAUUAUGACACACAGAGAUGAAUUUAUUGGAACCAAAUAAGUGUACGGGGUAAUGAUAAAAUCAAGGGGUAAAACUUAAAUUCUAAUUUUAAAAGGUGUAAACUAUAAAAAUAGUCACUUUUGUUUACUUUAGGUUACAUUUUAGUCAUUUAUGUUUGAAAUGUUAAGUUUUAGUCACUUACGUUAACGUGUCAUAAUAUUUUAGUUACUGAGCCGUUAAUUUUUGUUGACGGUGUAACGGUAAGCUGAUGUGGCACGUUAAAUCAUCAUUUCAAACAAAAAUUUUAGAUUAAAUUAUACAAAAUGGUCCCCAUAUA